AUGGUCCUCAGGACUGGCACCCCCGUCGUCCAAGAAUAUGCGCCUCCGCCAACCCUAAGCACCGACCAGAAGGUCACCCGCGAGCGCCAAAUCUACCGAAUCCCUCGCCCUCAAGGCUAUCGCGUCUCAUGGCACGCCAACCCGGCCGUCGAGGGCCACCAUUUCGGACAAUCACACCCGAUGAAGCCCUGGCGCCUCACCCUGACCAAGCAGCUGGUCAUGGCUUACGGCAUGCACAACGCCAUGGACCUGUACUUGGCGCGGGCGGCUACAUAUGAAGAAAUGGCCGAGUUCCACGAAACGGACUACCUCGACUUCCUGCGGCAGGUGAUGCCCGGUGAUAUAGAGCGCGCGGAGCAGAGUGACAAAGUGGUGCGGUUCAAUUUCGGUGACGACUGUCCCAUCUUCGACGGGCUGUACAACUACUGCUCGCUGUACGCGGGUGGCACGGUCGACGCUGCGCGCAAGCUCUGCAACGAUCAAUCCGAGAUUGCGAUCAACUGGUCUGGGGGUUUGCACCACGCGAAAAAGGCCGAGGCCAGCGGGUUCUGCUAUGUUAACGAUAUCGUCCUGGGCGUUCUCCAGCUGCUACGCCACCACCCGCGGGUCAUGUACAUUGAUAUCGAUGUGCACCACGGCGAUGGUGUCGAACAGGCGUUCUGGUCCACCGACCGUGUGUUGACGGUCUCCUUCCACAAAUACGACAAAGACAACUUCUUCCCCGGCACCGGCGCCUCCGAUGACACCGGCCCCACGCAUCCUCUCAAUCCGGGCGCCCACCACUCCAUCAACGUCCCGCUCAACGACGGCAUCGACGAUAACUCCUACAUCAGCCUGUACGAGGAAGUCAUCGGGGCAUGUGUCAACACCUACCGUCCCGGCGCCAUCGUCCUCCAAUGCGGCGCAGACAGUCUAGGCUGUGACCGACUCGGCUGCUUCAAUCUCAACGUCAGCGCCCACGGCGCCUGCGUCGCCUUCACCAAGAAAUUCAACCUACCCCUCCUCGUCGUCGGUGGCGGUGGCUACACCCCGCGCAACGUAUCCCGCGCCUGGGCGCACGAAACCUCCAUCCUUGUCGACGCGGACAAAAUCAUCGAUCCUCAGAUUCCGCAAUCCGUCGCCUUCCGCAACCACUUCGGGCCUGACUACUCGCUCUUCCCAUCCUUAUCACUGAUCCGUCAAAUCGAAAAUAAGAACUCCCGCCCCUACCUCGAGGGUCUCGUUGAGGCGGUCCACGAACAACUCCGCUACAUCAAGGGUGCCCCGAGCGUGCAGAUGAGCUUUAUUCCUCCGGAUAUCCUGGGUCUGCGCGAGGAAACCGAGAAAGAAAUCGAAGAGGAGACCGCCAUGAUGGAGGAAGAGCGCGAGGAACGCGAGGGUGGUGGCUUCGCUGCUGCCAUGAACGACACUUCUAGUGUCCCCGGUUCGGCGGGUGGUAUCCAGCGGACAAACCGUCGACGUGAACUCGAAAGAGGAGCUGGAUAUAAGGGAGAGCUAUACUCAUGA